UCAUCACAAUGAGACUGUAACCAUCACUCGUCAUGCUUCGACGACGACUGAACACCACUACGGACACCACCACCACAAUCAGCACUCGACCGAAUUUGACCAUAUGCUCGAACACGCUGGCACUGUGGAGGGCUUCCUCGACUUUGUCGCAUCCCUCCGGCUCAGACGCAUGCCUCACAAGGGUAGCAAGUGGGACAGGGUACUCUAGUGGGCGGAGUUCUUCGCCAGUUCGGUAGCCAAUUACGAGACUUGCAUGCGAGGCUCAGUCGCAUACGAUCAAGAAGCCGCCAAGACGAUCUGGUCCAACUGCAGGAUCUUGCUCGAGCUCGGAUCGUCCCAUAUCGUCGUCCUCGAGCAGGUCUUUGUGGUAUUUUACAACGCCGGGAUGGUCCUGGUUGAGCUCUCGUCCAACGACAAGAUGUUUUCAGCUAGCGUGCACAUCCGACGUGCGCUCGGUGAAACUUUUGGGCAUUUGAUCCACAUGGUCGCCGAAGUUGCCGCCUACUACUCUACCCGCAGGCUUGUCAUCACAGCUUCCGACUUUCACGUCGUCUUUGGUACCAUUACCGAGGCAUUUUUCGGGUGUCAACAUACCAUCUCUGAAGCCAUGUGGACGUACCAGCUCUCUCAGAGCGGUGUUAUUGGAAUCGGUAUCGAAGAGAUCAGGCGCUUCCUAUCGCCUAACGACCGGGUCAUCGAGAUGCUCCUGUCGAACCGGCUUGGAUCCCGAAGCAAGCGCGAGGAAUACUCGUGCGAAUGGUUCGACCAACACCUACGUGGCUUCACGCAAAGCUCUGAUAAGACGUUCCUCGUCACCGGUCAACCUGGUUUCGGUAAGAGCGUUAUCUCGGAAUGGAUCGUUGAAAGGCUUAGGCGAAGCCGAGGUCCGAAGGCCUACGACGUCUUAUCGUUCGCCGUGUACGCCGAUAUCAAGAGCGAGAGGUCGUCCCUUAGCAUUGUCAAGAACCUACUCCUGCAGUUGCUAGACCGCAGUGUUGGGGAUGUUGAGUUCUACACUCGAAUGGCCCGGAUCAUGCGUGAUUGCGAUCACGACAAUGUCAAGACGGAAGACGCGCUAUGGAAGACGCUGGCGGCGACUAUGGCGUGUCGAAACAGGAACACCAUGAUCGUUAUCGACGGACUCGAUCAGGUGGUGGGCACAGAUGGUGCCGACGUCAAGGCGCUCGAGAGGAUCAACGAAGCGGUCGCCGCCAGCGCUGUCCAAGGAGCUAAAAUUCGAGCAAUCGUAUUGAGUAGGCCCGUAGCCAAGGCCGGCAAGCACCACGUUCGCUUGUUCAAGAUCGAAGAGCAGCACAUCGUGGCAGAUGUUGAAAAGGUCAUCAGAACCAAGCUCAUGGCAUCAAGCCUGUCCGCUUUGGCUCACGGCCCAGCGCUACAGGAGAUCGUCGAUGGACUCUUGUCAUUUGCGGAUGGAUCCUUCUUGUGGGCAAAGAUUGCGAUCGAGGUCCUUCAGCGCGAGGCCAGCCUACAAGGUGUCAAGGCUACCUUGCGAAAGCUCCCCAAGAACACCAACGACCUCGUCCGGCUAUUGCUGAAUGGCUUGAACCUGCAGUCUCAAGACACUCAAGCCGUCCUUGCCUGGAUCUCAGCAGCGAGAAGACCCUUUACCACCGCCGAGUUGAAGGCGUUCUUGAGCAUCGACAUCAGCAAGCCAGCUAGAUCGACUCGACUCGGCAACAUCGAGGACGAAAUCGUUCGCUGCAUCGGACCUCUCAUCGUGGUCCGCAAUGGCGUCGUCCGCUUCCGCCACCACGCCAUCCGCAAGAUUAUCAUGGAGUUCGAUGGCCAAAUCCAAGGUCUACCCUCCCGGCAACCGGCCAACACGGACUUGGCCAUCAGGUGCAUGGCUUACGCUCGGCUCUGCCUUGCGGACCGUAUGGUCCCUUCGAAAGAACACCUCUCGAGAGAUGUGAUGCUCGGCAUGUUCCAGAAGCACGAAUGCCUCGAGUACGUCGCCCGUUAUUGGGUCGUACAUUUUCAAAAUUCGACACUGUGGGGCAAGGGUGGAAAGCACGCUUUGACAAACGAUUUCAAGCGAUGCUUUUCCACUUCAACAACUCUGGCUGUGUUGGAGUAUACAUGCUGGGAGACGCAAUGGUCAAUGUCCGAAGCCGUCAGCCGUCACGAAGUGGCAUUGUCCGUCCGCCGACUGCUCGCUGCAGACGCCAAGGAAUGUCUCCUCCAGACGAUGAUCAGCCUCGCUCAUGGCUACCAACGCCUUCACAAGCUCGAAAUGGCAUGCGGUAUCUUCUACGAGGCCUACAAGAUCGGUCACGGCAUGUUCGGCACGUCGAGUCACCUGGUUGCAUUCCUAGCUAUGGGCUAUAUCGACUGUCACGGCACGGUCACGAUCAUCAAGGGGUCGGACGUGGCGAUACGCCGAGAAGAACUGCUCAUCUAUCUCAUGAAGUUCUGUAAGCAUACUCACGGGGCAUCUGACGGUAUCACCAUCAAAUACACCCGACUACUGGUACAGUACUAUUUGGACAUCAAGGCGGUCGACUUGGCCGUCGUCAUCCAGAGGGAUCUCUUCCGCAUGUGCAUCGAGCAUUUUGACCGCGCACACGAGCACACGGUGGAGAGCUACACAAUUCUGAUCAAGGUCUUGACCGAGUGCAAGAUGUACGAGGAAAUCACCUUGCUCGAGAUCGAAAACUACGAGUACUGUCGACGACAUCUGUCCUUGUCAGAGUUUUCGGUUAUUACCGCUGCUCUGAGCAUCAUCCGAUACUACGAAUCGAUCGGCGAAUGCACGAAGGCGGAACAGAUCCUGGUCGAAUUGUGGCAAUCCAUCUCCCACGCCGUGCAACACGAGUGCACGACAAUCCUGCUCGAGCGCAAGAUCCAAGUCGCCAUCCACUAUAGCGAGUUCUUGAUUCGCUACGAGCGAACGGAAGAGGUCAAGGGGAUCCUAAUCGGAGUCUGGUCAGAAUACAAGGAGAUGAUCUCCAGCGAGACAACCAUCUGCUCCGAAGUGGUAUUGAGAAGCAUCCUCGUCGUUGGGCGCACGCUCAAGCAGUGCAAGGUAUUGACAGUUGCCAAGAGCAUCUUCCAAUCGAUUCACUCUUAUUGCAAGCGGACCCAGACCUUGACGUCAACCCUGGCUAUCGAGUGUUCUAUUAGUUUGACCGAGACCAUACAAGAGAUUGUCGAAACGCGGAUGACCUUGACUUCAACAUCGGAGUAUUCCAGCGAAGAAACCGAAGAGAUUACCGAGAUCUUGGAAGAAAUCUUCGAAUCGAGUCUUGAGUCCGUGACGACCAUCGAAACGGAGACCACCACCGAAGUUUCUCGCUCGAGUGAGACGAAAUCGACAACUACCAGCUCAGUCUCCGUCUCGGUGUAUACGUCAAUCACCAAGAUCGCCGAGACUCUGUGCACCAUACACAUUGAAAAGAAGCAAUGGCACGAGGCACUGACCAUUUGCCGAAAAUCUCUCGAGACCGUAUGGAAGUCGCUGUUCACGCAGGGCAAGGUAGAGAUGUGCGGACACGCUCGAGCGCAGUCCUUUGUGCUCGCCAGGCGCAUGGCCCAGUGCUACUUUCACACCAAACAGGUCACCAGAGCUGAAAAGAUUUACGUCCGCAUGUUCCAAGCUUGCAAAGGCCAUCUUCAUGCGCAUGAUGAAGUGCUCAUUCAUGCUGCUAACGAGCUGAUUAAAUUCUACGAAACGACCUAUCAGUUCGAAAAAGCCCUGGACAUCCUGGUUCAACUGUACACGAUUCAGAAAUCCUGCAAACACGACCACGAUAUUACUAUCGGUACGCUCUAUCGUUUGGCACGCUAUUGCACCGAGCUUCGCAACAUGGUUCUCGCCGAGACUUACUACAAGGAGAUCGUCACUAUCUACACAACCAGUACCGGCAUCAUCAUACGCGCGGGAAUCGAGGCGACUCUUGCGCUGUGUCGUAUCCAUCGGGAGACCUGCGCGUGGGACUCGGCUCGUCACUUUUACGGGCUCUUGUGGAAGACGUUCACGAUCUGCACGGAAGGAUACGACUGGACCGGACUGUUGGUGGAGGAGAUAUUCAACGAGUAUUUCGAGGUGCUGGAUGUCAAGCUGCGCGUGGCGUACUCGGUCUGCCUCGAGGUGUCGGAAACCUAUCGGUCCCGAUGCGUAACCAUCUUUGGUCUACAUCAAGAAACGACCAUCCGGGCUACUCUCAACCUGGCUUCUGUUUACGAACGCAAGGAGGAGUACGUGCAGAAAGCCAUCACCCUGUAUGAAGAGGUCAUCAAGACUACGACGCCGACCAAGACCACUACCACCGUUUCGACUGCAACGCUGAAAAAGAUCACUCAGUCUCGAGAGCGCCUCGCCAAACUCUAUACCAAGAAGAGCAGUACCACCUUCAAGGGACUCGUCAUUUACAAGGAAGAGUUCAAGAAGACAGUCGCCAAGCACAGUUACUCGUCCAGCCAGAGCUUGCUUCAACUCCAGGAAACGAUCGAAGCCUUCGUGUCCGUCAAGACAGAGGAGACGAUCACUCAGGCAAUGGAAUUGCUGUCGGAAUGCGUCAGUCACAUCAUGACCAAAGAAUCUCAUUCCGAGACGCUUUUCGAGGCUGCGCAGACGAUCGCCAAGCUUUACAUCAAGAUCGAGCGCAAAGAACUAGCUCUGACCAUGCUCAAGGAGAUGCGGCAUCAACUGAUCAAGGAAGACUACACAAUUACGACAACGGUCAAUUUUUCGCUAAAGGGUAUCGACCGACGUGCAUACGCAUUUCUGGUGGCGUUCGAACAGACGCUACACGGCUUCGAGAGCCACAGUCACUUCUCCGAAGUCAUGGCGCUCUUGGUGACUGAGACGAUUCUUUACCAGUCAUACGCCCGCGCGAUCAAGACGGGAGGAAAAUACUCUGUGGCUUUCGGACACGGCUGUCGAUUGGCCUUGUUCUACCGAUCUCACGAACGGCACGAAGAGUACAAGGCGCUCGAGAUCGAGAUCCUCCAAGGUUUCGCGGCUUUCCUUAAGAUCAAGGAGACUACGGACCAUUUCCGAGUCUUCUUCCUCGUCUGCUUGGGAGAACUCGGCCAAGAAGAGAAGAGCUACUCGGUGUUGACGAUCAUGAGCGCUCGGAUCCUGGGUUGCGUCAACCGAGGCAGCUUUACAGAAGCUUACGACUUUGCCGUCUAUCUCGACAAAUUCAUGCACGAAUACGAGAGCUUUAAGACGCAACGUGGGAUCAUGGUCGCCUUCCAAAUCGCAUGUUACCUCGCUGGAAAGCGUCGUAUCCAAAGAUGCACAGACACCAGCGUACGAAAGCGUAUGCUCAAGCUCUCUGCCGUCAUUCUCAAGGAGGCGCUUGAGGGUAUGCAGACGGUCGAAGUCGACUUUACUAGCAUGUCGAUCGAGUUGGUGAACGAAGUGUGUGGCGUGCUAGGACAGAACGGAAACUACGAGGCUCUGGAGAUCAUCCUGUCCUCCUUAUGGACCUCACGUCAUGCGCGAUCAUCAUGGUCUUCUUCCACCAUUGUCGCGAUCGGUCGCCGCCUUGUGGAAGUCCGCUUCACCCUGCCGAAACGCGCUCUCGCGAUCGACUUGUGUAUAGAUAUCUGUUACAACCUGCAGCGCGUAUGGGGACGCUUCGACCCUACGACAGUGGAGAUGUUCCACCUCCUUUCGGCUCUCUAUGCUGCCGAAGGAAACCACGCCAAGGUCAUGUCGUUGCAGCAAGACUUGCUGAAGGACCUCCUCACCGCUUAUGAAGAAGACGGCACGGUUGAGAGACCUCGAGCCGCUGUGAUCGCGGUGGACGAAAUGCGAAGGCUCAAGCGAACGUUCUUACGGGCUGGAGGAUGGAACAAGAACCAAACCGAAUGGAAGGGGAUAUUUGACGGUCUUCACGAAGCUUUCCACGGAGAAGGUUGCUGGAAAGCCAGCAAGACCGUCAACCUCGGUUUCCAAAAAUGGGAUGCCAGUGGCGCUUUCAAAGCAGACGACUUGGGAAUCUGGAGACAGCCUUUCGACUGGGAAUUCCUCCUCACAGAGGAAGGCGAUGCUACAGCGUUCAAGCACCACAACAACCUCCGCAAGACCAGCGGGUUAUUGCCGGUCAAAGUAAACCGAGGAAUUUCGGGCUCGGUGUCGGUACCGGCAUUUCGACAUGAACACCGCCAUCACGACCACGGUCUCUCCAAGGGCAAUGUACCGGACGAAGGCAUCAAGAGGCAUCUCAGUCACAGCCGGUCAGUCGGCGCUAUACAAGAAGACGUUGCCAACGGUGGCGACGUCGUGGGAGAGCUUCACGCCCACAUAGACUAUCAGGCGCCUGCAAAGGUAGCAGUACCGGCCGCCUAGCUCGGAGGGGUCCUGCAUUCGAUCCGAGAUGGAUGGAGGAAAUUGUUGAGGUCGUGGUGUUGUUGCUACACGUCUUGCGUGUGCGAUCGAGGAGACGUUUGCUCAGAGUGCGAGUGACAUUUGAUCAGAGUGCGAGCGAUGUCUGCUCAGA